AUGAGUUCACAGCACUCGAGAAACUUCGACUCCUCCGGGACCUUAAGCGAGUCGCCCUCCGGCAACCUCGCGUCAUCGCCCCGGAAGAGCCAGCAGCCGGCGAAGCCCGGCGCGGCCGAUGCCGGGCCUCCCCGCAUCGACUACAUGUAUAAGACCACUCACUCGAAGAUGAAGUUUGCCACCCAUGUGGCCGACUCCGACGACGACUCGAAGUCCUACUCGGUCUCGCGCAUCAUUGAGACCCGGGUCAUUGAGUCGGCCCAGGGCUCCCCCCGUGGUAUGACUGCUAGCGCGGUCUUCCCCAAGGCGGCCCCGAUUUCCCCCGCGACCAUGCGCACCGAGGGCCGUCAGCAGCAGCAGCAGCAGCAGCAGCAGCAGCAGCAGCAGCUGCCCGCCGCUGCCACCCCCCCCAAGCAGUCGUCUCCAAAGGCUGCCGGGCCGAAGAUCGGCGGAGCCAUCGAUGCCAAGGCCGCCCAGCUGGGCACAAAGGCUGCCCGUCUGGCUCAGCCCAUGAUCCAUGCCACCGGCCCCCUGCCCGACUCCUACCUGUCGUCGGUCAGUAUGGCCGAUUGCCACAAUGAUUCAUUCGGCAAUGCGGCCCGCCUGCGCGAGGAGCAGGAGCACCAGCGCCAGUGUCUGCGUGAUGAGAUCCGCCGGACCGUCCUCGCGACCACCGGCGGGUCCAUGCCCACUCCCACCUCCAUGGCGUCGAUUGUCAACUCCACGCCCAGUGUGGAGCCUGCUCCGGGCACCUACAGGUUGGCGGCCCGGACCACCCCCCCGGCGGCCGGUGAUCACGCUCACAUCCAAGCCGCCACGUCCAAGUGGCGUGCCAUGGUGGCCGAGAGCUCGCGGGCCCUUCAGGCCUCGCCGAAGGCGGCCGCCCGGCGGAGCGCCAGCACCGCUUCCCGCCGCCCUGCGGCAGCGGCCGCUGAUGCCUUCAACUUCGUCAAGUCUUCCGAGAAGAAGAUGCCCACGGCCACCGGUGCCCGGUACGCCGGCGUCAGUCAGCCAGCCACACCGCCGGAGAUCGAUCUCUGGUUUGUGGUCGGCGGCGCGCCGGCCCGGAUGACCGAGGCUUUGCAGCACUUUGGCAAGCGUCCUGGCCAGCGCCCGAGCCCCAAGAACGCCGCCUACUACGGAAAGCUACUGACCGGCGAACUCCAUGGUGAUGUUCCUCACCGUCAUCGUCGUGAUGGCGGUGGCAUUUCCCCCCGAUCGUCCUUGUCUCCCUCGGCCGGGCGGCCGAUCUCCUCCUCACGCGGCGGCCUGGGUGCCGAUGCCAUUCGUCGGAUGCGCCUGCGUGCCGCCCUGGCACGGUUGCCGGAUGACUCCUUCCACGCGGCACGGUAUCCCCCGGCGUCGCGUCCGUCGCUGGCCACCCCCCCGCCGGCUGGUGCCCGCUAUCGGCGACCGGCGACCGGCUCGGCUGCUGACCCGGAUCGGCCCCCUUCCCCUGCCGCCGGUGGCCGCGGCGUCGGCGGUGGCAUGAUGGCUGCUAUUGCCGCCAAUGAUGGCGACAUUCCACGGUCAAACUACACCGCUUCGGCGCCGGCCUUUGGCCCGGAUGAUGGCGGGACUGGGUGGCGGCGGGGGCGGUCGUCCUCGAUUUCGUCGCCCUCCUCGUCCUCCUCCUCCUCGUCCUCCUCCUCGGCCAACUAUGGGGGGUUCGCCUAUCACUCGAUCCCGUCGGUCUCCGGUGCCUCCCCCCCGGCCAUGACUCCUUCUUCAUCCUCGCCGGGGCCGGCUACGCCGCCUCCCACACGUCGGGCCUCGGGUGUGACCUACUCGGCCGGUCCUGAUGAUGUCCCUCUUUUCGCGGGCACCCUAAAUCAUCGCCCUCCGGCGACGCUGGCCGCCUCGCGCACGAUGGCCCCGCCGCCUCCUUCUUGGCGGCCGGGGGUGGGUGGUGAUUCGAACUUCGCGUCGCUCACAAAGGCACAAUGCGCCGAGCGCCAUGAGCAGGCCCUGUGCGCCCUGCACCGGGAGCUUUGUGACACCAUCCCCCGGGUGGCGUCCAUUCGUGCUCCGGUGUGGGGCGGCGCGUCGGCCGCUGCUCACGGCGGUGCCCGGACGGCCGGUGACAGCCUGAUCGAGCAGAUGGCUCGGUCGGUGGACCUCCGCGCCGCGGUUCUCUCCUCCCAAAGCAGCAUGCAGCCGCAUCGACUGCUGGACAUCCCGGAGGAGGCCCCCGGCCGGGCGGGUAUGCGUGCCCGUCACUCGCUGCCGGGGCGCAUCGCCGACCGCCGGACCAUGGCCCCGUGCUUGACCCCGGCCCAGGCUCGGGCGGUGGCGCGGUCGAUCCCGCCCAUCAGCACCUCGUACCAGCGGAACUUCGUCGAAAUUGCCUCUGGCGGAGCCGCCUCGUGCACGGACGCCGCCAUCGAUAAGGAUGCCAGUAUCUGCUCCGACUCGGAGGAGUGUCUGUCUCCCUCGAGCGCCACUCGUGCCGGUGGCUCGCAGACCGGUGCCUGGUGCCCGCCGGCUCGGGACAUUGCGGCCCAGAGCUCCUACACGGCUCCCCGGACGGCGACCAUCAUCAAUGGCCGGGUGGUGUACAUCAACCGGACGCCGAAGUUCGGUGUGCACGGCUUGCCGCACUUGUACCAGCGCCUGCCGGGUGUGGACUACCGCGGCCGUCGCCAUCGGUCUCACGCCUCGCACCCGACCAUCGCCAACCCCCAUGGUGUGUCGUAUGUCCGGUGUGCUGAGGAUGAGGCCCGCAUCGCCAGCAUGGCCGAUUCGCCGAAGCUCACCUGGGUUGGGCGCCAGAAGAAUGCCCGCCUGAUUGAGAAGGAGCUCCUGCGUCAGGAGGCGGCUGCUUCGCCGCCGCCGAUGACCGGGCGCUUCAUCGGGCCGCUGCAAAGCCGCGAGUGGGAUUGGGCCAUUCCCAACCAGCCGGAUCCGGCCCUGGUGGAGGCUCUCGAGAGCAUUGGCCGUGCCGAGCGUGUGGCUCUCCACCGCGCGGCCAUGCAGGAGCUGUCCACCGCUUGCGCCAUCCGGGCCACGGCCGCUCGGUCGAUCAUUCACCCGGCGGGUGGCCAGGCCGAGGCGGCGGCUGCCUCCGGUCUCCAGCUCAAGCAGCAGCAGCAGCAGCAGCGUCAUGAGCGGCCGUUCAUCGGCUCGACCGCCAAGGCCACGGCCACGGCCUCCAGCAGCAUCCCCGCCAAGACCCAGAGCAAGGGCAUCAUCGGUGCGGGCGGUGCCGGUGGCGGCGGCCAGGGCGCUGCUAUUCCCCCCUCGGCGGCGGCUCCGCCGAAGUCCUUUGCCAGUGGUGUGGCUGCCCCGCCGCCGUCGUCGUCAUCGACACAGGCUCGGGGCCAUCACAAGCAGCAGCAGCAGCAGCAGCAGCAGCAGCCCACUACUGCGGCGGCGGGCUCCCAGAAGCCGCCGAUUAUUCCGGGUGGUUGGGAUGCCGCCGUGGCAGCUGGGAUGCCGCCAGUUGGCCGGCCGAUCACCCGCCAGGCCACCGAUGCGGCGGGCCGCCGGGUUCAGAUCACCGAGACCUAUAUCCACGUGCCGGCCGAUUCACCCCCGCAGACCGCCGCUCCCAAGCAGGCCGCCGCUCCCACUGGCGGCCGGAAGCCCAAGUCUUCGAUCGCCGACGAGCCGUUUGACCAGUUCUACGUGUCCCAAUGCCCGGUGACCGAGUUCUACGACGACUUCGACAAGUUCUACGUGUCCCAGUGCCCGGUGACCGAGUUCUACGACGACUUCGACAAGGUGAUGAUGACCUACGACGAGAACUUCCUGGCCCGCUGCCCGAUCGAUGCGCCGCGCGCCCUGAAGACUCGGCGCGAGACCCGCGCCCGUGCCCGGCAGCUGCGUGCCCUGAAGCGCACAGUCCAAAAGACGGUGUCUAGCGCCGGCCAGGUGGUCGGCGCGGUCCAGGGUGCCAUCAGCCAGGCCGCCGCCCCGAUCAUCCAGAGCGGUGCGGAGAUCCUCCACACCUUCCGCGAGGGUGCUGAGGAGGCUGGACGCUGGGCUGCCGACGCUGCUGCCAUUCCCCAGGCACGCACGGCGGCCACUCGGCCGGCCAGCUCGUCGGCCGCCGCGGCGGCGAAGACCUCCUCUCCGGCGCACAACACUGAUGCGGGCUGUGGCGGCGGGAGCGGUGUCACGGCUGGCGCCCUGGCCAAUACCACCAUCCCCGGUGAUGUGAGCGCCUACUCGCUUAUGUCCUACCCCAGGUCCCGUUUGCGGAAUGUCCACCGGCGCCCGAGGCUGGCUCAGAGAAUGCGCGCCAUGGUGUCCAUGCAACAGCCGCCUCCCUGCUGGCGGGCCGUUGGCGAGUGGCAGCAGCACCCUGCUCCCGCUCCGGCCUUUGUGCCAACACCCCCUUCGGCCGCUUCCCCGCCGCCAGCUGUAGAGAUGCAGGCAUGGGCCCAUUUGCCGGAAUGGCCGCGGCCACAGCAGCAACAGGCCCUCUCACCCUGCUGUUUGAUACCGCGCGGAUGCCCCCCAUGGCCCGCGUCGCCGCACGCGCACACAUCCCCGCAUCCGGCUCCUCCGGGCCCCGACAACCCUGCUGCUCUUCUUUUUUCUUUUAAUCUCGAUUCCUCCUCAACUCGCUCUCUCACCUGGGCAUUCGACCCUUCCGGCGGCCGUGUGUGCCCCUCGAACCACCCCAUACUCACACAUUCCCCCCUCUCGUCCCAUUUGGGCACAUCCCCCUGCCCUUUUUUCACCCGCCACCCACCCCGUGCACUCUCUUGA